CAGGAUGUUAACAGGUUGAAUUAAGUACCACGACGGACGGAGGGAUCAACACGCAAAGACAUUUUAAAUCACUGAUGAUUUUUAUAAAGGAGCAGAGGAGACCACGGGACACUAGUUGGUUUUGUAGCGAUCCAUCCAGCCAGCCAACCAGCGAUGAAUAUGGCACGUUGUGAGGGGGCAUCAGAGAGACUGGAGCAGCUUGCACCACCAACCGAAGCAGAGCAGAUCAGCAGAGAGGAAUCGUAGCAGAGGGGAGCUCAGCUCAGCAGCUAGCCAUGACGACCGGCAGCGUGGCCAACGUCCACAGCGUCAUGGGCAGCACCAACAAGACGCUGCUCAAGAGCGAAGCCCUCUACGAGUACAUGCUGAAGACGAUGGUGUAUCCGCGGGAGAACGAGUUCAUGCGCGAGCUCCGCCUCAUCACCAUGGAGCACGCCUAUGGGUUCAUGUCAUCCCCGCCGGACGAGGCGCAGCUGCUGUCGCUGCUACUGAAGCUGACAGGGGCCAAGAACACAAUCGAGGUCGGGGUCUACACAGGCUGCUCCGUCCUCGCCACAGCGCUCGCAAUCCCGGACGACGGCAAGAUCGUGGCCAUCGACGUCAGAAGGGACUACUUCGACAUGGGCCUCCCCGUCAUCACCAGGGCCGGGGUGGCCCACAAGGUGGACUUCCGCGAGGGCAACGGGCUGGACCGCCUCGACGAGCUCCUCCUGGCCGACGCCGCCGCCAACGAAGGCGGCUUCGACUUCGCGUUCGUGGACGCCGACAAGCCCAACUAUGUGAAGUACCACGAGAAGUUGCUCAAGCUGGUCCGCGUCGGGGGCGUGCUCGCGUAUGACAACACGCUCUGGGCGGGGUCCGUCGCGAUCCCCGACGGCGAGAGGGAGUUCACGGAGCGCGACGGGUCGAUCCGGGACGCCCUGAGGGAGUUCAACGCCAUGAUCGGCGCCGACGCCCGCGUCGAGCCCGUGCUGCUCCCCGUCGCCGACGGCAUCACUAUAUGCCGCCGCGUCGCCUGACGAUGAGUCGGUGCGUCUUGGAUGGACCGGAGCCGCUUGCAUAAGAGCAUCUCCAGACCCCUUGUAUCGUCAGUCCUUAAAACACGUAGUGUAACUGAAAAUAAUUUUACGGUUCUGAUUUAGUCCAGGCAGAGCAAGUAGGAGUAGCUGAAAACGGUACCGUAAUUUGAAAAUAAAAAUCACGCUAGAAUUCGAAGAUAGAGUUCAUCAUCUUCAU